UGAAACUUGUACUCAACACCUUAAGCCUUUUCGCGCAGGCUACGCGACACCAGACGAACCCUUAGACACUUGCGGGCAGCCGUCGUGGUGCGACCGGCAUCGUCAAGACCCUAUCAGGAGCGCACCAGUAGAUACGAAUAAACCACCGCAUCUAUGGCCUAAUCACAGAAUUUCCGAGACCUACACGACUCACGCACUGCCGCAUCAAUGUCCACCACAGAGGCACGAGAUGCCGGGCCGCAUGCCACAUUCAGGUUCCCCGCCUUUGAACCAGAUCUACUUCCCGAAGAACCGUUGGGCCGCACCUCUUCUCGCAAUGCGAGUCCCAGCCAUGCGACGCAUACGAACGGCUAUGCUAUACCUUCGGACAGGUGGCAACCUAGGAAAGAAGCAAGGGUGGGGUUUGCGAGCCAUUCGGUUUCGGGGCCUUCGAAUAGACACGGUAGACAGAAGAGUCUGAGUGAGGCUUUCCAGACGAUUAGAACACGGAAAGGCAGCGUCAGUCAGAAUGCGCACGAGAUUGCAGAUGCGCUCAAGGCGCCGCUCUCCCCAAAGCUCAUCGCGCUCUGUGGUAUCUGGUAUUUGACUUCUAUCUUCACCAACAUGUCCUCGAAGGCGAUCCUCACUGCGCUGCCGAAGCCGAUUACCCUCACGACCGCCCAAUUCGCCUUCGUCUCGGGAUGGUGCAUAAUACUGUCAGCGUUGGCCAAACGAUAUCCGCGUAUGAAGCAGACGAUGCCAUUCUUGAAGUAUGGCAUCCGUAGGCCACACAAGGAGAUCAUUGUCGCAACGCUGCCCCUUACCGCGUUCAUGAUUGGCGGUCAUAUUCUGAGCGCGGAUGCGACAUCGAGGAUACCGGUGUCGCUGGUGCACACCAUCAAGGGAUUGUCACCCCUCAUGACGGUCUUUGCGUAUCGCUUCUUCUUUGGCAUCUCGUACUCCAUCCCCACGUACCUCUCGCUAAUACCACUUACCCUCGGUGUCAUUCUGGCAUGCUCGGCAGACUUCAAUGCGAACUUUAUGGGUCUGAUCAUGGCCUUUGCGAGCGCUAUUGUUUUCGUUACGCAGAACAUCGUUUCGAAACAGAUUUUCAACGACGCGGCCUCCGCCGAGAAGGAAGGGCUACCGCCGACGAAGUUCACGAAACCUGACAAGCUCAAUUUACUCUGCUACUCGUCUGGCUUAGCAUUUUUGAUUACGCUACCACUCUGGUUGUGGACUGAAGGAUUCACUCUGAUGGGCGACUUUCUACACGACGCCUCAAUCGAAUUGUCUGAGAAGCCUGGCGCAUACGAUCACGGACGACUUCUGCUCGAGUUUCUAUUCAACGGCACGUUCCACUUUGGACAGAAUAUUGUGGCCUUCAUCCUGCUCUCGAUGGUCUCACCGGUCACCUACUCCGUUGCAAGCUUGAUCAAGCGCGUGUUUGUCAUCGUUUUUGCCGUAGUCUGGUUCAAGAAGCCUUUGACUCGAACACAGGCGUUUGGAUUUGUCCUCACCUUCAUCGGCCUGUACCUGUAUGAUAGGACAUCCGACGCAGCCAAGGCGGACAAACGCGCCAGAGCGCUGCAAUCACAGGGUCAGGGCACACUGCUUCCUCUAGCUACGGAUUUCAAGUCGAGGCCAACAUUCACAGCGAGCCCAGCCACCAUGUCUGCUGGCAUUGGCGCGUACCCAGCAGCACGAGACGAGAAGAGAGACGACGAUACAGGCUUCAGCAGAGCACCUACUGGUCCCAGCUAUGGGCUCCCGCCUGGCACGAAGCAAGAAGACACGUGGCAGCGGUAGAGCACAGUAAUAGUGCGAAGUACAAAUGAUUAGAUGAUAGAUGAAUGAACGUGUACAUAUGGCGAGAUGCACAGCGCACUUCUUGCAGCCGACAAGAC